CAGAGCUAACACACAGCGUCACACAAGGGAAACGCUGCCGGACAGAGCGGAGCAGCGCUGGGAUAAUUGAAUCUGACGCUCAUCACAGAGAGACAUCCAGUCCUUGGAAGGUCCCAAACUUCGUCCAUCAUGUCCAACGCCACUGGAUCCCGCGUGACGAUCCCUCCAAAUAGCACAGUCGGAAACAUUGAGGAUAAAAGCGUGGUGAGCAAUGACUUCUCCACGACGCUGGGAGCAAUCAUCCUCGGCCUGGUCUUCCUCCUGGGCGUCCCCGGAAACCUCUUCAUCGUCUGGAGCAUCCUGGCUCGCAUCAAACGGCGCUCGGUCACCACCCUCCUCAUCCUCAACCUGGCGUGUGCAGACGGCCUCCUCAUGGUCCUCACCAUCUUCUUCAUCAUCUACCUGACCAUGCAGACGUGGGUGUUUGGAGACGCCAUGUGCAAAUGCCUGUUCUACCUUUGCAACGCCAACAUGUACGCCUCCAUCUUCCUCAUCACGUUGAUGAGCGUGCACAGGAUGGUUGCCGUGGUGUUGCCGAGGAGGCUCUCCACCCUGGUGAGCAAGAAGGUGGUGAGGAGGGUGAUCUGGUGCACAUGGGUGUUGGUGAUGCUCAUCGCUAUCCCCUCGCUGGUGUUUCGAGACGUCAGAGAGGACCAUGAUGAGAAGAGAAGAACAAGGCUUGUGUGUGCGCCCAAUCACACAAAGCCAACACAUGUGAGUAUAAGCAGAAGAACUCAGAUCAUUAACUUAAAAUAAUUCUGAAAUACUCAA